AUGACUUUCGUAACCAUGUCCACCAGACACACACGACUGGUCAAUAUCCCAUCUGUCCACGAGAAACCCUUUCGGGCAAAUAAGAGCAGACAAUCGCUGAUCAGUUUCCUAUCUCCGAUCACCGCUGUUUCAACCGCUCAUCCAGUGCCAAUGAUUAGCCCGUUACUAGAAGAGGAACCGGAAAACUUUGAGAAUCAAUCAGCCAAAACUAGUCCUCGGUUGGAAAAUCUUUUGUUAUCUGACGAAGGAAGGACGCCAUCAAAGUUUUGUACCAGUUUCGACCAUCUUUUGGAUCGAACACCGAAGUGUACAGAUGAAACAGUCAAUGGGUACAUGCAUUCUAUCACAGACACCAACAGGCAUCGAAAUGCAAACGUAUUCGAACCGGACGUCAAGGCGGGAUUCAGUGAAGGGGACCGGAAUCCAACCCUGGUUGAUCACACUGGACUGGAACCCCAGCAAUCUCCUGCUUCGGCAAACGUGCCUGCUAGUCAACCAGAUACUCUGCGGACGGUUCAUGGCGGUCCACCAUUAGCAAGACACACAGCUACCUUUCGCUCUCCAAGCUUGACUCGCACCAGCGGUCCCGCACUCUUCACUAGUCCUGAUUCACAAAACAACCAAACACUUGGAGAAAUUUCCUCCGUUAUGCGCAACAAAACAGUCCGCCAUAUGGGUGCUCCAGAUCAGGAUCUUUUUCAGCACUGGGGUGACACGCUGUCAUGCACUUCUCCUGUGUCAUCCACUCAGGAUGCUGUACAGUGCCAGCAUAGAACAGCUCCUCGUGUAUCCUACGGCCCCACAUAUCCAGAUGGUUCAAAACACUAUUCCAGACUUGAUUCCCUAUCGUCUGCUGUCUCCAUAAGCGGUCCUUUUACCCAGUUUUCGCGAGAUUUAAUGCCUUCCAGCCCUGGUAUACACGCAUCUGUGGUUGAACUUCCCGGCUAUCCUAGGUCUGGUGAAAGUGUCACCAGUCAGACAACCUAUCUGAGUGGAUCUACCCUAUCGUUUCACCACAUCAGUUACGAAGUUAAAUUGAAAAAAAUGCCCUGGAGUCGACCUGUCACAAAAACAGUAUUAAAUGAUGUGAGCGGUCUAUUGCGUCCCGGUUUGAAUGCAAUCAUGGGUCCCACAGGAAGUGGCAAGUCUUCACUUCUGGACGUCCUUGCUGGUCGAAAAGAUCCGCGCUUUUUAUCAGGACAAGUGCUAGUGGAUGGUGUUCCUCAACCGAAGAAUUUCAAAUGUAUAUCAGGCUAUGUAGUUCAGGAUGAUAUCGUGAUGGGAACUUUAACGGUACGAGAGAACCUUCAUUUCUCCGCUGCUCUUCGUAUGACUGUGCGAUGUUCAAAGGCCGAGAGACGCCGAAAGGUGGAUGAAAUUAUCGAAGAACUUGGACUUACCAGUGUAGCUGACAGCAAGAUUGGAACCGACUUGAUACGAGGAGUGUCUGGUGGAGAACGUAAACGUACCAACAUUGGGAUGGAGUUGAUCACCGACCCUCCUGUAUUAUUUCUGGAUGAGCCUACCCCACUACAGGAUGCUUUCAUGGCCGGACAAGUGAUUAAAACACUGAAAAACCUGUCUCGUCGGGGACGUACAAUCAUCUUCUCCAUACAUCAACCGAAAUAUUCAAUCUACAAACUAUUCGAUUCCCUCACGAUGGUUUUCCGUGGACGACUGGUCUAUCAUGGACGAGCAAAAUACGCACCGAUCGAAUAUUUUCUGAAACUGGGUUAUGUUUGUGAAAAUCACAACAACCCAUCUGAUUUCUUCAUGGACAUACUUCACGGUGAAGCACCGCAUCGUCCAACCGGAGGACCAGACAGCGACACCCCUUUGGACGAACCAGAACACAUUCAUUUAGUCGGGGAACGCCUUGUCAAGGAGUGGGACGAAUCGGCGGAAUACGAACUCAUCUUGAAAGAAGUUGCGGCAAUAGCAAAGCGGUUACACCCCGAUGGGGCCGGUCCCCCAGGAAAUGGGAAAUCCGCGAUUACGACCGACGUGAGUUAUGCUGUACCAUUCUGCCGACAGUUGAAUCAAGUAUGCUGGCGAACUUCAUUGAAUCUGCUCCGAGAUCCACUUGCUUCGGUGGUGCAAACACUCGUCUAUCUGUUCUUCGCCUUGUCUAUGGGGACUGUCUAUUUUCAAAUGGACACUUCGCUUGAAUCAGGAAUUCAAAACAGAGCUGGCCUUUUCUUCUUCUCCACACUUCAGGUAGUAUUCGUCAAUUUGGGAUCGAUUGAACUCUUUAUCAAGGAACGUGUCCUUUUCAUACAUGAGAACAGCAGUGGAUACUACAGGAUAUCUGCGUAUUUUUUAUCUAAGAUACUGUGUGACAUACUCCCAACCAAAGUCCUCCCAGUCCUCCUAUUCAUGCCCAUUUGCUACUGGAUGGCCGGCCUAUUACCAGAGGUCGGUGCGUUCUUCUAUUUCGAGCUCCUUUUAAGCAUCACAACCUUGGCCGCUGCCGCAAUAGCGCUUUUCAUGUCAGCAACCUUCACGCUGUUUGGGAUCGCCAACGUUGUUGUAUCCAUUCUGUUUGUCUUCAUGAUGGUGUUCGGUGGAUAUUUGAUCAACCUUAAGUCAAUGGCCGCAUGGUUGAGUUGGCUGAGAUACUUGUCCAUAUUUCGAUACAGCAUGGGUGGGCUGUUGACAGCGGAAAUGCGAAGUCUGACAUUCUGUCCAAUCACAAACACCUCUGUACCAGGAGCACCGGACAAUCGUCAAUGCCAAUCAGGAACACUUUACUUGCGUGAUCAAGACCUCCCCUAUGCUACGGCUUGGGACUUAUGGAGCAAUGUGUUCGGACAAGUGCUAAUAAUGAUAUUCUUCUACAUCCUGUGUUAUGUUCAACUUCGUCGAAUAAACAAAUACAAAUGAUCAGGUUCACGCACAAAUCAGGACCACUUAUGCCUUUCUACAAUCAUACGAACCCAGUGAUAUCACGAUUCCAUUCAAUUCGUAUCAUUUCCAAAAUUACUCCUUCAGUUCAAGAUUCCUUCCCUUCGGUUUUCGGACAUUUGCGUAUUUAAGUAGACCUGAUGGUUAGACAUUUCUGACUCUUCAUUUCAGAAGGGCUUGACUCACUCUGUUUACUGCUGUUUACACGACGAAAGCAGAUGAUCAUGUUCCUUAGAAUUCCCACACGGUGUCCCUUCCUCAAACACGUAUCUACCUAUCAGACACAGAUUUUGCAUCGCUGGUUCAAUCCCGACUGCUCCUACACUGUUUUUAUACUUUAUGCACGGUGUUCCAACUUCCUGUCGACUGGCUGACUGUACAUCAAUUUCUGACCAGUAAAGAU